AUGGAUGGUGCAUUGGCUGAACCACGUGCUGUCCAUCAAUGUAACAUCUGCAACAAGAUAUUUGUAUCCUUCAAAGGUCUCCAACAACAUGCCGUGAUCCAUACCGAUCAAAAACCGUAUCAGUGCGAUAUCUGCGGGAAGUCGUUUCGAUUCAAAUCGAAUCUUUUCGAACAUCGUUCAGUGCACACGGGUUUCACGCCUCAUUCAUGCCCAUACUGUGGAAAAACGUGCAGGUAG